AUGAAAGAGGCGCUUAGAGUAGCCGAAACAGCAUUGAAUGUGCAAGAAGUGCCAGUAGGAUGCAUUAUGGUUUACAAAAAUAUGAUCAUCGCCCGAUCCUUUAAUCAAACAAAUCUUACGCUGAACGGUACUAAACACGCAGAGUUCGAAGCAUACGACCAAAUACGCGCAUUAUACCCGGAUACAUAUAGAGAAAUUUUCAGGGAGACAGUUUUGUAUGUGACUGUUGAACCUUGCAUUAUGUGUGCCUCCUUGUUGCGACAGCUUGAAAUCCAACUUGUGGUAUUUGGUUGUCCGAACGAAAGGUUUGGGGGAAACGGUUCUAUCUUUACUGUGAACAAAGAUAUCUCGCACCUGGAGAGGCCUUACCAAGCCAUUCCAGGUGUUCUCAGCAGAGAAGCGGUAACCCUUCUGCGUAAGUUCUAUCUUUUGGAAAACAGUAAAAGUCCGACAUCCAAAGAUAAAAAGCACAGACGACUUGAGCUCAAUGAGUUUCCACCAAUAGAUUAUUCGCGAUAUCUUAACCGAGACGAAUUCCAAAAAACAAGGAAACGUCGUCAAUGA